GUGUUCCGUCCUCCGCUAGUUUCACCUACUGCACGUCAACUCGAGCUUAAAUGGUCCUCUUGCAUCUCGUACGUGAUCGUCCAUAGUAACUGGACCAACCCCGGGGGGAUCUCCGGUCAACUAUUGAACCACCAAGUCCACUGCCGAAAGUCUUGAUAUAUUGUUGGCGAGGGAGCUGCUCAAAAGAACCUGAACAACUGAAACUAACGUGGAUCUCCGCCCUCACACCAAUUUGCCGACUUGUUACUCUCUUUUCUAUCCUAGCCAACAUGGUGUACUGCGGGAAGCCCUCGAGGGGCUGUCAGAUGUGCAGGACGAGGAGAAUAAAGUGUGAUGAGACAAAGCCCACAUGCAACCAGUGUGCCAAGUCUCGAAGACAAUGUCCUGGAUACAAGGACGAGUUCGACCUAGUGUUCCGGAACGAAACCCAGGCCACCGAACGGAGGGCUCGCAAGGCCAAUAAGAAGGCCUUGGCACAGAAGAUGGGCAAGACGGGAUCGGGAGACGACUCGGGCGAUUUGGUGUCGCCCACUGGAUCAUGUAAGAACGCCAUCAAGUCGCCCAUGGAGCAAGCCCUCAUCCCGGCCUUGAAUGUGCCCUUGGAGACCCAAGCCACCUGCCACUUCGUGUCCAAUUUCGUUCUGGUGCCGCAGCAAGGAAGCACCCGAGGCUUCCUCGACUUCCUGAUCCCCAUGCUGAAGUCGGAGGGCGCCAACAGUCAUCUGCAGAAGGCCUUCAAUGCGUGCUCCAUGGCUCUUCUCAACAAUCGAGCAGCGGGGAGAAACAACUUCGCCGACAAGGCGCUAAACGAGUAUACGCAAGCGCUUAUGGGAACCAAUGCUGCGUUACGAGAUCCUGAGGCGCAGAAAGCCGAUUCGACGUUAGCGGCUGUAUUACUACUUGGACUAUUCGAAAAUAUCACGGCCAAACAGCUGGGUAUGCUGGCGUGGGGCUCUCACAUCGAAGGAGCAAUCCAACUGGUCAAGCAACGGGGCAGAAAGCAGUUGCGCACUCGAAUCGGACUACUACUGUUUAUUGCCGUCCGGACGCAAAUGAUUAUCCACACACUCACAUCAGGCAAAGCGCCCAUCAUGGGUGCAGAAUGGUGGAUAGACGACGCCGUCAAAGACGAAACGGCGGCAGGCUGCCAGCGCGUUUUGGUCAAAACAGCCGAGCUGCGAGCCGAAGUAACGCGGCUGAUGAACUGCAUGAUCCGGACCCCCGACAACAUAGAGAUCAUGCUCAACAUGAUACGGCGGGCGCAGGUGGUGGACCAGAUGGCCGUCAGCUGGAUGAAGAACGCGCCCGAGAUCUGGCAGUACAAGACGGUCGCCUGGGAGGACCACGUUCCCAACGGCGACUACGCCAAGGCCGAGGUGUUCCCCGGCCGCGUCGACCUCUAUACCGACUUCUGGAUUGCUAGCGUCUGGAAUAUGGCGAGGACGUCGCGGCUUAUCCUUGCCUCUAUCAUUGUGCGGUGCGCCGCAUGGGUGUGUUCGCCUGUCGAUUACCGGACGACGCCCGAGUACGCGACCGCCGCGCGGACCUGUGUCGAUACUAUUACGGAUAUCGUGGCUUCGGUGCCCUAUCAUCUGGGUUGGCACUUGAACAAGCAGCGUAUUCUCCAAAAGGCGAACCUCGGUCGGUUCGCCUGUGGCCACGAAGAUUCGCAGAAGGGGUUGGCAGGGUAUUUCCUAACUUGGCCCUUGGCUGUCAUGAACAACCAGGAUUACACGACUGAUGCCCAGCGCCAAUGGGUCCACGGGAGACUAAAGUAUAUUGCUGACGAGCUGGGCGUCAAGUACGCGCAUAUUCUGGCCCAACUCUCGGUCCGCAUCCCCUCCAUGCUGAUCCGCCGCGACGGCCUCAUGGCCUCGCCUUACGGUGCGGCCCAAAAUUUCGAGAAGCUCCUUAAUGCCCGUUACGCCCCGCCUUCGGCUGGCUACUCCAUGAACCCCCUGCAGCAGCGCGAGGCCAUGCAGAAGGAGUACUUCGAGCAACGGAAAGCCGAGCUCAUCACGAAAGCUUCGGGCAGUCAGACGGCGGGGCCAGAGACGAGAUGGGCGGCGCAGCAGUGGCUUACGCUAUCGGACGCGGAGGAUCAAACGAAUCCGCAUGCGCUUGUCAUUGGGCAGGAGCAGCAGGUGCCUAGUGCUGGGCAGUGAUCAGUCG